AUGUUUGCUCCCACAGGGACCUCCACUUCUAGCCAGGGCUUCCGGGUCACACUCAAGCGAGCGGACUCGGGCCAGAACUUGACCCGGCUCGACCGCCUCCGCCGCGGACUCGACCGAGACAACGCCAGGCUCCGAAACCUGCCUGAAGCCGCCGGUGACGUCAGCACCCCGGUCGUGUUCGACCAGUACGAGUUCCUCUUCGACCUAGCCAUCGGCACACCUCCGGUGACUUUCUCGGCGAUCCUGGACACCGGCAGCGACCUCAUAUGGACCCAGUGCGCCCCCUGCGUCAACUGCUACCCUCAGAACACACCGAUUUUCGACCCGGCUCGAUCCUCGUCCUUCUCCAAGCUCCCUUGCUCCAACCGCUUCUGCUCCUUUUUCGCCAACCCCUGCGGAAACGACGGCGCAUGCAACUACGUGUACCCCUACUUCGACGAAUCAGUAACCAAAGGCGUCCUGGCGACCGAAACGCUGUCGUUUGGUGGCGCCGGUGGUGGGAAACUUCCAGGGAUCGCGUUCGGGUGCGGGCGGGACAAUACUGGGGACUUGAACCUGGGAGGUGGGCUCGUGGGCUUGGGCCGAGGCCCAUUGUCACUCGUCUCGCAACUCAAGGAGCCCAGGUUCGCGUACUGCUUGCCUUCGGUCGACAUCCCCAACGCCAGGGGUACGCUCACGCUGGGAUCUCUGGCAGGGCUGGGAAACGGCGCCGCGCUGGCCAAAACGACGAGAUUGCUCAGGAACCUUCAGAAGCCGACGUUCUACUACCUUGCGUUCCAAGGAAUCUCGGUCGGUGGGACCCGGCUGCCCAUCGAUCCGUCGGUGUUCGCCAUCCAGGUGGACGGCAGCGGCGGGCUGGUAAUCGAUUCGGGGACGACGUACAUGCGGCUGAGGCAGCCGGCUUUCAACGUGGUGAAGGAGGCGUUCAAGGCGCGGGUCGGCCUGCCGGCUGACGAGUCGCGGUCGACGGGGCUGAGCCUGUGCUUCGUCACGGAGGGGAACUCGGCGAUCAGGGUGCCGAGCCUGGUGCUGCAUUUUGAAGGGGCGGACGUGGAGCUCCCGAAGGAGAAUUACAUGGUUGAGAUUCCUGGGAGGGCGUGCCUGGGGAUACUGGGAAAUACUGCGCUGUCGAUUCUGGGGAAUGUUCAGCAGCAGAAUUUCGUGGUGCUUCAUGACCUUGUGGAGGGGACGGUGUCGUUUCUGCCGAGCAAGUGUCGUUGA